ACUACAACUCCCAGCAUGCCUUGGGCGGAGCCGGGCCUGAGGCGCACGCGCAGCGCUGCAGCGCGUCGUGCUGCCGCGCCACGUGGUUGCAGCAUGGCUGCUGCUUUUGCGGAUCUGAACGUCCCGGGCGCGCCGGAGAGGAAGUCGCUGCAGAGUUUGCUGGAGGCCGCCGCGCACCUGGGAUAUUCAACUGUUGCAAUUAACCAUGUCAUUGAUUUCAAAGAAAAGAAACAGGAGAUUGUCAAGCCAAUAUCUCUUUCAGAACUGUUUCCAUCUUUGCCUAUUGUACAGGGAAAAUCCAAACCAAUUAAAAUUGUAACCAGAUUAACACUUGUAGUUUCUGAUCCUUCUCACUGCAAUGUAUUGAGAUCAACAUCUACAAAUAUAAGAUUGUAUGACAUCAUAGCAGUGUUUCCAAAGACAGAGAAACUGUUUCAUGUCGCUUGCACAAAUCUAGAUGUGGAUCUGAUAUGCAUAAAUGUAACAGAAAAGCUGCCAUUCUACUUCCGAAGACCCCCUGUUAACAUGGCAAUAGAUCGCGGCAUUUACUUUGAACUUCUUUACACCCCUGCCAUCAAAGACUCCACAAUGAGAAGAUACACAAUUUCAAAUGCUCUUAGUCUGAUGCAGAUCUGCAAAGGAAAGAACAUAAUUAUAUCCAGUGCAGCUGAAAGGCCAUUAGAACUUCGAGGUCCUUAUGAUGUGGCUAAUCUAGGUUUGUUGUUUGGCCUGUCUGAAAGUGACGCCAAGGCAGCUAUUUCUACCAACUGCAGAGCAGUCCUCCUUCAUGGAGAAACCAGAAAGACUGCGUUUGGGGUGGUGUACACGAAGAAAACCCCCCGAGCAUCAGAGGAGGAAGGUGUUCUCCCAGUCUGCAAGAAAGCCAAGACUGAAGUAUGAGGAUCAAACCCAACUUCUCAGCUUCCACAAAGUCCUUUCCUCCCAUGCUACCCACCCACAAUUCUUUGAUGCAUUAUUUUAAUUUGUUCCGCUAAGAAUAUUUUAUUAAAAAAAAAUGUUUGUGCAAGAAUAAGGUUAUUGAAAUCCGUAACAUUUCACCCCAGCAGAAUGAUCUUACUGCUGAUGGCAAAAGGAUAAUGUAGGACUGGUUUGCCGCUGCAGGCCAAUGGGGGCUGUGGGAAGCAGCCAAGGGAUGUGCUGGCUGUUACAGCGUGAAUUUUACAGCUACAUACAUCUUUCUAUACGUUGACAUGAUUUUACAAUUAGCCCUUCUAAAACGUGAUCACCACUUCUUCUCUUCAUCAAAGUUUAGAAAGCUUCCAGAUAUUUUACCUUACCAUUGCAAGCCAGUACCCACAAUCCCCCCACUGGCAUAAGAAAAAUAGUUGCGUGGUGCAGAAUAGCAUUGUCUAAUUUUGUUUCAUUAUGAUAGUCUGCUGAAAGGGAGAUUCUGGCAUCUUUGAAUUGCAAAGAAAUCCCUUGUCAGUUACUUGUAUUACAAUAGCUCCUACUGGCUUGAGCCCAUUAUAUUAGACAUGAUACAAAGAUAUAACUAAAAGACAGUCCCUGCCCAGAAGAUCUUAAAAUCGAAAUAUAAUACGAGACAACGGCUAAUUAUAGCAGACACACAAGAAGAGCCUAAGGUAACAGUGAGAUGAGUGUGAUCAAUGCGAUAAGCAGAGGUCACAACAUGCCAGCUGCUUAACCUCUGUCGCAGUAACCUUAGAGAAAUAAAACUUGCAUUAGGGUCUAUGUUCUCCAGCAAGAGCAUCUAUUCUGUUACCAGUUCCUACCUCAAUGCGUGUAAUCCAGCUGCCUGCAGAUUAUAAUCAACUCCCUCCUGGAAAACGUUUUUAGGGCUCUUCCAAGUCUUGAUUAAGGCUUUUCUUUUGAUGGUGAACUAUAUGAAAGAGGGGUAAGAGACUGCAAUGGACCGGCUGUGUGUCAAACUAUGACGAUUUCAGCCCUUUGGCCACCGCUGGAAGCAAGCUGAGAAAUGCUAAUUAUAGCUUGUAACAUGCUGCAGGGGUCCUUUUGCAGUAGAUUUACAGAAGGUAAAACUCAACAAUUGGACUAAGCACCAUGGAUGGAGUUUUGCUUUAAAAUACACGAACAUUUUUAGAAAUGGAGUGUGUUAGUCACAAGAAGCUUUUGAGUUUACAAUGCAAUUUUUGCCCUUGAUGCCGUUGACUUUCUUUGACUUUGUGCUUGACCUGUGUCCUGUUGUUGUCAGUCACUGGGUAUCAUUACAUUAGUUUGUCCUUUAAUGAAUCAUAAACAAGAUCCUGAUAUACUGGCUGAAACAAAAGAGGAAACUAAAUCCAGCUGACUACUAACUAUGAGAGUGGCACUGCCUUCUCUUGCCAUGGCCAGAGAGGUACUUGCUUUGAGCAAGAGAGUAAUUGCUUGUUGAAUGAUGCAUAGAGAGAGGUUUGUGAACAUGGAACAAGCAGCAUGGUAAUCUGGUUUACUAUUUAACAUCAGUUCCAUGCUGGAGAUAACCUUGCUAACAGCCUAUACUAUUUGUUCUUUAUCUCCUCCCUCCCAAGCACUGUUAGAAUAGUAGGGGAGACAACAUUUAAUUCUUUAAAUUUAAUUUUGUUUUUCUGUCACACUAGCCUCUGAGGCCUGGACUGUAUAAAUAUUUCUCAAGUAUAAAUGUGGACAAAAUAAAAAGAGCCUAUUUCAUGUC